CCUGGUAGCCUGUAAAGGUCCUCCUGCGCUUCAAAACCAUGUCCCUCCUAGAACAUGUGCAAAGUCUCGUUACCAGUGCUGAGGCUUCGCGACAGGACUCUCAAUAUGGAUACACCCCAUCGAAAGGCGUUACCCUCACAUUCAUUAUUCUAUUCGGAAUAUCUACCCUAACCCACACGGCUCAGAGCAUUUUCUUCCGCAUGUGGUGGGUCUUCCCGACUAUUAUCCUUUCCGGAUGCCUCGAGAUUUUGGGAUGGAGCGGGAGGUUUUGGUCAAGUAUAUCCCCAGACCUAAGUAAUCCUUUCAUGAUACAAAUAACGGCUACGAUCAUUGGACCCACACCACUUGUCGCAGCUAGUUUUCUCAUCCUUGGAGCUAUAAUCCGUAUUCUUGGACCUGCUUACAGCAGGCUGAGUCCUAGAGCAUAUUCCAUUAUAUUCGUCAGCUGCGACAUUCUUUCAUUGGUGAUACAAGGCGCCGGUGGCGGUAUUGCCUCGUCCGCGUCGAAUAACAAUGACCUCAACGGUGCCAAGCUAGGUAGCAAUGUCAUGCUCGCCGGUAUUGUCUUGCAGCUCGCUGCCAUCUCGUUCUACGCCAUCCUCGCUUGCGAAUUCCUCAUCCGGUACACCCACAACCGCCCUGUUCCAAGACUAUUCUCCCGCAAGGAACGGAACGGUUCCUUGGUGACCCUCUCGUCGCCCACUAUCGAACGUGGUGUCAUGACUACGAAAAUAAAGCUCAUGAUCGUCGCGCUCGCAUUCAACACAUUGUGUCUCUUCAUUCGUUCGAUUUAUCGUACGAUCGAACUCGCCGAUGGGUGGAACGGCAGGAUCAUCCUUACGGAAGUUUACUUCAAUGUUCUCGAUGGGGCCAUGGUGGUCUUGGCUAUAUACACGCUGAACUUCGCGCAUCCUGGCCUCCUUAUUGGUCGCUCCAUGGGAAGAAACCGGGAUGCUGUAGACGCAGAGAAGAACGGUAGCACACUUGGGCUUCGCACACUGUGA